AUUUAAAUAUAAUAAAUCUGCGAAAAUGAUGGUGCUACAGCAACAACAACAGCAUCUCUGGGAUGCAACAACAGCGAAUAACACAAAUACACCAACACAGCAAUCCGCGAAUGUGGAAAGCACAAAAGUUUGCCAUCAGGAAAAUGCAACAACAGCAGCCCACACAUUUAUGCGGCACAUGUCCAACUCACCCACUCCGCCUUCGCCCCUGCGCUCCCUAUCAGACUGCGGAAAGAGCUUCGAGGAGGAGGAGCUGGAGCUGGGCGAAAACUGCGAGAUGCCGCAGAAUCUGAGCAGCAAGCGCCAAGCCAGGGAACUGGAUCCGGAGCUGGAGAACGAGGUGCUAGACCUGGCGCCGCCGCCCAAGAGAUUGGCUGGGGACCAGCUAAAGGAGGAACCGGCACAGGAGGUGGCUAGUGCCCUUCCGCCGCAGCCCAUGGGCCAAUUUGCUCCGGAGGAAAUGCAUCAGGCCCUGCAACUGCAGCUGCACAGCUACAUCGAAAUGGUCCGCCAACUGGCGCCGGAGGCCUUUCCGAAUCCCAACCUGGCCACCCAGUUCCUGCUGCAGAACUCGCUGCAGGCCUUGGCCCAGUUCCAGGCACUCCAGCAGAUCAAGCAGCAGCAGCGGGAGGAUCCGCUGCCGAGCUACUCCACUCCGCUGGCUAAAUCGCCGCUCAGAAGUCCCUCCCUCAGUCCGGUGCCCAGGCACAGCAGCAGCAGCAAGUCCCAGCAGCGAACUCCGCCCAACUCAAUGACGGCCAAUUCCCUGGGAUUGAGUAGUGCCGUGAUGACUCCAAAUACGCCCAGCAUGCAACAGCAGCAUCAGCAGCAGCAGAGCACUCCCAAGCCCUCAAGCGGUCUCACCGUGGCCUCGGCCAUGGCCAAGCUGGAGCAAUCGCCCGAGGAGACCACCGAUCUGGAGGAACUCGAGCAGUUCGCCAAGACCUUCAAGCAGCGCCGGAUCAAGCUGGGCUUCACCCAGGGCGACGUGGGUCUGGCCAUGGGCAAGCUGUACGGCAAUGACUUCUCGCAGACGACGAUCUCCCGCUUCGAGGCCCUCAACCUGAGCUUCAAGAACAUGUGCAAGCUGAAGCCGCUGCUCCAGAAGUGGCUGGAGGAUGCGGACAGCAGUGUGGCCAAGUCGGGCGGCGGUGUGUUCAACAUCAACACGAUGACCAGCACAUUGAGCAGCACACCGGAGAGCAUCCUGGGACGCAGGCGCAAGAAGCGCACCUCCAUCGAGACGACGGUUCGCACGACUCUGGAGAAGGCCUUCCUCAUGAACUGCAAGCCCACGUCGGAGGAGAUCACCCACCUUUCGGAGCGAUUGAAUAUGGACAAGGAGGUGAUUCGGGUGUGGUUCUGCAAUCGCCGCCAAAAGGAGAAGCGCAUCAAUCCCUCCCUAGAUCUGGAUAGUCCCACGGGCACCCCAUUGAGCAGUCACGCCUUCGGCUAUCCACCUCAGGCCCUCAACAUGUCGCACAUGCAACUGGAUGCCACCGGUUCCGGCUCCUUCUGCGGCAGCUCCAUCAGUUCGGGGGAGUAAGGAAUGAGGAGAGCCGAAACCGAACCCUGUACAUAGUCAGCUUAAACUCCAAAACACUUCCACAACAUUCCACAAGCCAACUCCUCCAUAUCAAAUGCAAACAAUGCCAUGGAUGUAUUUAGCAAACUAGGUGAUAGCCAGUCGUAUCAGAAAAUCCAUUACGAAUUUAUGAGUACAUAUAGAGUUCCGCACUACCUAUUCGUAUCUGUAUGCAUAUAGAGUUUCUAGUUCCUAACUGUGCCCCCCAAAUGCCAUAUAUGUAUGAUCUGUUGUGUCCCCAUAUCCACUAUGCCACAAAUCAAUUCCCCUAGUUGUACUUUAUGUGUAUUGACUUAGAUGUGUAUGUAUACCGAUGUUGUUGUACGAUGUCCAAUUGUAAAUUGAUCUUGAACACACUUAGAUCUUAACAUCCAAAAAUUUCAA